AUAAACUGAAAUCACGCCCAGUCAUUUUCACUUCAUUUUAUUUGGAAAUACUUUUCUAGGUUUAUACAAAUCCCCAAAAUUUCACAUUAUGAGGCAGCAGCUGCUGGACGAGGAGUUCGAGAAUCUGCGCCGCGUAGCGUUGGCCAUUUGCCAGAAUCUCGGAAGACCAAAAGAUCGGGAGAUAUGUCGAAGCACCCUGGAAGAGCUCGCCAAGUUCCACCAGGCUUCGUCGAUCAGGAUUAAGGAAAAUGUGCACAAGUUCCUGAUGUUCUAUCUGAAAGUUUUAAGAUGGACGCACAAGCACCAGCCUUCGGAUUUGUAUCGCAAAUGGUAUGGUCAAAACUUUGGCAAUGACUUCAAGUCUGCCUCAUCAGCCGCGAAUUCUGCGGAUGAACUGCGCGUUUGGUUGGAGGAGGGAAAGUCCUUUUACGCCAUGAAAACAUUUGAAGAUGGUUCCACCACCAUUUACUCAGCGGUGGUCAAAGAUCCGAAAGCUGGUUGGUCAGAAAACGGUCUGAAAACUCUAAUGGAAACGCAAAUUGGCUGCGCUUUAGAUCGAAAUGAAAAUUGAUUUGUUUAAUAUUCUUAAUAUAGUGUAUAUUUCCAUUUCAGGUGCUUAACUCGAGAUUCGGUGUGUACAAUUUACUGGUGUUUGGAUAUGUGGUGGUAAAUUGGCAGGUAAAUUGUAAUUAUAAAUAUGGGAAAUCUAUCAAUUGUGAAACGUACGCAUUGUCGAAUAUUAAACUACAUAUAAAUUUAUAUGAUUUAAGUAUGUAGAAAAAUCAUUUUUGAAUUGUUUGAUGUAUACUUUUCAUUGAAAUAAUUUAGCUACUUAAGGUUCUUUUAAAUUUACCUGCCACAGUUUGGGUAACUAGAUAAGUAGUUAACCUUAACGAUUAAUUGUUUUCAACUUUUCGACUUAAGUAUAGACAGGAAGAGUGGACGGAAUGUGUUUCUGAUAUCAAAAGUCAAUCAUAGCUUAAAUAUCAUGUAGCGUGGCGAAAAGGCA